AUCAUUUUAGACUUCCAGGGACAUGGGUAUUUAUUUUUCUUAUAGAAUUGCAGGUACAUGAGACAGCACCGCAGCUAUGAGCGGAAUUUUAAAGAGGAAGUUUGAAGAAGUUGAUGGCUCUUCACCCUGCUCCUCAGUGCGGGAAUCAGAUGAUGAAGUUUCCAGCAGUGACAGUGCUGACAGCGGAGACAGUGUCAAUCCGUCCACUUCGAACCAUUUCACCCCUUCCUCCAUUCUCAAAAGGGAGAAGCGGCUGAGGACCAAGAAUGUGCAUUUCAGUUGUGUCACGGUGUACUACUUCACCAGGAGGCAAGGCUUCACCAGCGUGCCCAGCCAGGGGGGCAGCACCCUGGGCAUGUCCAGCCGCCACAACAGCGUCCGCCAGUACACGCUGGGCGAGUUCGCCAGGGAGCAGGAACGGCUGCAUCGGGACAUGCUGAGGGAGCACCUCAGGGAGGAGAAGCUGAAUUCCUUAAAACUAAAGAUGACUAAGAAUGGCACGGUAGAAUCUGAAGAGGCCAGCACUCUUACAGUAGAUGACAUUUCUGAUGAUGAUAUUGAUUUAGACAACACAGAAGUAGAUGAAUACUUCUUCCUACAACCUCUGCCGACAAAAAAGCGAAGAGCUCUGCUGCGGGCUUCUGGAGUGAAAAAGAUCGACGUUGAAGAAAAGCAUGAGCUGAGGGCUAUCCGUCUAUCACGAGAGGACUGUGGCUGUGACUGCAGAGUGUUCUGUGAUCCAGAAACCUGCACCUGUAGCCUUGCGGGCAUUAAGUGUCAGGUGGAUCGUAUGUCUUUUCCAUGUGGCUGCACUAAAGAAGGAUGUAGUAACACAGCAGGUAGAAUUGAAUUUAAUCCUAUCCGUGUCCGGACUCAUUUUUUGCACACCAUAAUGAAACUUGAACUGGAGAAAAACCGAGAGCAGCAAAUAUCCACACUGAAUGGCUGCCACGGUGAGUUAAGUGCUCACAGCAGUGCCAUGGGCCCUGUUGCCCAUUCUGUAGACUAUGCCAUUGCAGACAAUUUUGAGAUUGAGACUGAACCUCAGGCUGCAGUGCUGCACCUGCAGUCAGCUGAGGAAUUAGAUUGCCAAGGAGAGGAAGAGGAGGAAGAGGAGGAGGACGGAAGCAGCUUUUGCAGUGGAGUCACCGAUUCCAGCACACAGAGCCUGGCCCCUAGUGAAUCAGAGGAGGAGGAAGAAGAGGAAGAAGAAGAGGAGGAGGAGGAAGAGGAGGACGAAGAGGACAAAAGAGACAGCUUUGUGGAAGGUUUGGGCACCCAUGCUGAAGUUGUCCCUCUCCCUUCAGUCCUUUGUUACUCUGAUGGCACUGCUGUUCAUGAAAGCCACACAAAAAAUGCUUCUUUUUAUGCCAACUCUUCAACUCUGUAUUACCAAAUAGAUAACCAUAUUCCAGGAACUCCUAGCCAGAUCUCUGAGAACUAUUCUGAAAGAGACACUGUAAAAAAUGGUACCCUUUCGUUGGUGCCUUAUACCAUGACCCCAGAGCAAUUUGUUGACUAUGCCCGACAAGCAGAAGAGGCCUAUAAUGCUUCCCACUACCCAGCUGCCAACCCCUCUGUAAUCGUUUGCUGCUCCUCUUCUGAAAAUGAAAACGGGGUGCCCUGCAAUAGCUUGUAUCCUGAGCACAGGUCUAAUCAUCCGCAAGUAGAAUUUCACUCAUACUUGAAAGGCCCUUCCCAGGAAGCAUUUGUCUCCACAUUGAAUGGUGACAGUCAUAUUUCAGAGCAUCCUGCUGAAAAUUCUUUGAGCCUUGCAGAAAAGAGCAGAUUGCAUGAAGAGUGCAUCAAAUCACCCGUGGUGGAAACUGUUCCUGUCUAGUUGCUUAAUUUAUUCUAUUAUAGGACCA